UUAACCUAAUCAGCUGGGCUGAGUUGGCACAAGAUGGCGAACAGCAAUAAAGACGAAGUUUUUAUGAAGUCCAUUCAGUUUGUAUUGCGGAAUUGGCCCAUAGUUCGGUUGUCUGUAGAUCAGUGCUUAGCUGGGCCACAUAGUAAAGAAAAAGAACUGUGGCUCGAAGAAGUUAUUUUCAAUGUCUUCAUGGAUAACGGGGACCUUGAUCCAGUGGAUAUUGAAGAUUAUCUGUCAGAAAUUCUUAGCAACGAAUUUAAUGUCAUAGUUGAAGAUGGCAGUUUGAUCAAAGUGGCCGAAAAACUUUGUAGUUAUCAUAAUUUGUGUGAGAAAGGAGAAUGUUUAAAGGUAGCAGAAGAAAUUAGUUCCGUGUUACUCCCAGCGAUGAACAUAAGCUCUAAAGAUUACGAAGAACCCGGCCAGCGUAAUGAAAUAUCUGAACAGCUAGAAGAUCUAACUUUGACUUCAAAUGAAAUUGGGAAUUUGGAAGAAACAGAUAACACCUCAGAAAAUGCUGAGACUGAUGAUUGGGUGGUUGUUCAACGCGGAAGAAAAAAGAAAUAAUUCUCAAAUCACGUGAGAGGAUACAAGUCCAUUUUUGUGAUAACGGAUUGGGUGAAAACAGAGGAACAACGCUUUCUACUUACAUCUCAUUGGCUGAAUGGUUGCUGAGCAUUUAAUAUACAUGGCCUAACCCCAAUCGUAACAUCGUAAUCUUCAAUCUGUCAUAUUAAUUGAUGAUUAUAGUUAAGUCUUUUAUUGUAUUUACAAUAGUCUUUCGUCGCACACAAUAACAGUGUUAACAGUAGUCGUCGUAAUGGUUGCUUCAUUCUGCGCAUUUCUAUUUUACUCAAUUGUUUUUAGUUUCCUCCGUAUAUGUUCAGUCCACGUAUGAAAAUCUCUCUCUUUCUAUAAGUUAGAGCUUUGUUAUGCUGAACGGAGCGUUCUCAAAUGAGAUCGGUGGGAAAAUACCUCGUUGUAAAAUAUCAUAAAAUUUUAUUAUCUAUUCUCUCUGCGUUGCCAA